AUGGGCAUGAAACAUUCCUCCCGCUGCUUGCUCCUAAGGAGGAAGAUGGCGGAGAACGCGGCCGAAAGCACCGAGGUGAGCAGCCCCCCGUCUCAGCCCCCGCAGCCGGUCGUCCCAGCCAAGCCUGUGCAGUGUGUCCACCACGUGUCCACUCAGCCCAGCUGCCCGGGACGGGGCAAGAUGUCCAAGCUGCUGAACCCGGAGGAGAUGACCUCGAGGGAUUACUACUUUGACUCCUACGCCCACUUUGGGAUCCACGAGGAGAUGCUGAAGGAUGAGGUGCGGACGCUCACUUACCGGAACUCAAUGUACCACAACAAACACGUGUUCAAGGACAAGGUGGUCCUGGACGUGGGGAGCGGCACCGGGAUCCUCUCCAUGUUUGCUGCCAAGGCAGGGGCCAAGAAGGUGUUCGGGAUUGAAUGCUCCAGUAUUUCUGACUACUCAGAGAAGAUCAUUAAGGCCAACCACUUGGACAACAUCAUCACCAUAUUCAAGGGGAAGGUGGAGGAGGUGGAGCUGCCUGUGGACAAGGUGGACAUCAUCAUCAGCGAGUGGAUGGGCUACUGCCUCUUCUACGAGUCGAUGCUCACCACCGUCAUCUUCGCCAGGGACAAGUGGCUGAAACCUGGAGGGCUUAUGUUUCCAGACCGGGCGGCUUUGUACGUGGUAGCAAUUGAGGACAGACAGUACAAGGACUUCAAAAUCCACUGGUGGGAGAACGUCUAUGGCUUUGACAUGACUUGUAUUCGGGACGUUGCCAUGAAGGAGCCCCUGGUGGACAUCGUGGAUCCAAAGCAAGUGGUGACCAACGCCUGUUUAAUAAAGGAGGUGGACAUUUACACGGUGAAGACGGAGGAGCUGUCCUUCACGUCCGCCUUCUGCCUGCAGGUACAGCGCAACGACUACGUCCACGCCCUGGUCACCUAUUUCAAUAUCGAGUUUACCAAGUGCCACAAGAAAAUGGGGUUUUCCACAGCCCCUGACGCCCCCUACACCCAUUGGAAGCAGACUGUCUUCUACCUGGAAGAUUACCUCACUGUCCGGAGAGGGGAGGAGAUCUACGGGACUAUAUCCAUGAAGCCAAAUGCCAAAAACGUGCGAGACCUCGAUUUCACAGUAGACUUGGAUUUUAAGGGACAGCUGUGCGAAACAUCUGUAUCUAAUUACUACAAAAUGCGUUAG